AAAAGGAAAACACGAAAAAGCAGAAAAAGGUUUCCCAAACUAGGCCUAAAGAAUUCACCGGGAGUAACCAGUUUCUCCGCUGUCCAUCUCUCAUUUCUACUGACUCAACCCCCUUCCCCACUCGCCUGGUUAUCUCAACUCUCUCGCUCUACUUUCUCUCUCAUCACCUAUUAGCUCCCACUGCGUGGAGAUAUCAGAUAUACUCUACAACGCACCAAAAUCGGUUGCAAAAUUCUUCCAGGGAUUUUCCCCUGUUCUAUCUGCAAAUUCUCUUCAAAAUUUAUGCCCACGCGCGCCCAGCUGUCGGAAUUCCUGCCUUUUUCCGCUUGUUUGCCCGCGAGGUUGUGCGGAUUGGUGUUUGUUAAUUUGUUUUGCAGCGAGGAAAUGAAAGAUCUGUGUUGAAAUUAACGUCAAAAGAAAUGGCCGCGUCCGAGGCGUCGAUCAAGGGUUAUAAUGAUGCCAGCAACUAUAAUUCCGCCGCCGAUAAUGGAAACUCCGUCUCCGGCAGCAUAGUGGAUGCUGAGAAGGCGUUGUACACAGAGCUAUGGAAGGCCUGCGCCGGCCCGUUGGUGACCGUACCUUGUGAAAACGAUCUCGUCUUCUAUUUUCCUCAGGGUCACAUAGAACAGGUGGAGGCAUCUACUAAUCAAAGUGCAGACCAGCAGAUGCCUGUGUAUAAUCUACCUUCCAAGAUACUUUGCCGUGUGGUUAAUGUCAGUUUAAAGGCUGAACCUGAUACCGACGAGGUGUUUGCUCAAGUUACUUUACUGCCCGUGCCUAAUCAAGAUGAGAAUGCCGUAAAAAAGGAACCUCUUCCAGUACCACCACCGCGGUUUCACGUCCAUUCCUUUUGCAAGACUCUUACUGCUUCUGAUACAAGCACCCAUGGGGGCUUCUCAGUGCUCAGACGGCAUGCAGAUGAAUGUUUGCCACCUCUGGACAUGUCGCGGCAACCUCCAACCCAGGAAUUAGUGGCCAAGGAUUUGCAUGGAAUUGAGUGGCGGUUCAGGCAUAUUUUCCGUGGCCAACCACGUCGCCACCUCCUCCAAAGUGGUUGGAGUGUCUUUGUUAGCUCGAAAAGGCUUGUUGCUGGGGAUGCCUUUAUAUUUCUGAGAGGAGAGAAUGGGGAGCUGCGUGUUGGAGUUAGGCGUGCUAUGAGACAACAGGGCAAUGCUCCAUCAUCAGUCAUAUCCAGCCACAGUAUGCAUCUUGGUGUUCUAGCAACAGCUUGGCAUGCCAUUAAGACUAAGACCAUGUUCAUUGUAUAUUACAAGCCUAGGACCAGUCCUGCUGAAUUUAUCGUCUCCUAUGAUCAGUACAUGGAAUCUGUUAAAAACAAUUAUUCGAUAGGAAUGAGAUUUAAAAUGAGGUUUGAAGGUGAAGAAGCUCCUGAGCAGAGGUUUACCGGAACUAUUGUUGGCAUUGAAGAUGCAGAUCCAAAAAGGUGGCCAGAAUCAAAGUGGAGAUGCCUGAAGGUCCGAUGGGAUGAAACUUCAGCAAUUGUUCGACCUGAGAGAGUCUCACCAUGGAAAAUAGAACCUGCUCUUUCUCCUCCUGCACUAAAUCCACUUCCAACGACCAGACCAAAAAGGCCUCGAUCAAGCAUCCUGCCAUCAUCCCCUGACUCAUCUGUCCUUACUAGGGAAGGUCCAUCUAAAAUGACAACAGACCCUUCAACUGCCGAUGGGUUUCCAAGGGUCUUGCAAGGUCAAGAAUUGGCGACCUUGAGAGCAACUUUUGCUGAAAGCAAUGAAUCAGAGUCUACUGAGAAGCCAAUAAAGUGGAAUCCCUCACUAGAUGAGGAGAAAAAUGAUGUAGGUUCUGCUUCAAAAAGAUAUGGAUCAGAGAAGUGGUUACCUCUUGGGAGGGCUGAAACCUCUUUCACUGAUCUGUUGUCUGGUUUUGGUUCACAACUACACGCGCCUCGAGAUUUCUGUAUGCCUCAUGGUGAUCAAGCAAUUCCAAAGCGAUUUGCUCAAGAACACGACACAAAGUUUAGCAUGAUUGGGAACAUCUGGUCUACAAUGCCUUCUGGCCUCUCACUUAAUCUGAUGGAUUCUGGCUUGAAAACUCCUAGUCAAGGCACUGAUACUGCUUGCCAGACUCAUGGGGAUGCUAGAUAUGCAUUUAGAGAGUUUUCCAUGACUUCUGAUCAUAGAGGUGACAAUCAACAAGCAAACUGGUUGAUGCCUCCACCUGUUUCACCGUACCGUCAAAUGCAAUCUCCUGACUCAAGAGAAUUGAUACCAAGGCCUGGAUUUGUGCAACCACAAGACACUAAUAAGCCGAAGGAAGGGAACUGCAAGCUAUUCGGUAUUCCACUUAUGAUUGAGCCAUCAGCACAUAUGCAGAAUCAGAUGAAUUUUCACCAAUUCCCUGUAACUGACUCUGAUCAGUCAAAGGGCUCUAAAGUGGCUGAUAAUCCGUCGGCCACCUCUGAGCAGGAGAAACAAAUUCAGUCCUUCCAUCCAACAGCUAGAGAUAGAGAAAGCAAAGCUCAUUCUGGUUCAAUACGAAGCUGUACUAAGGUUCAUAAACAGGGCACUGCCCUUGGUAGGUCCGUGGAUCUUGCCAAAUUUGACAACUACAAUGAGUUGAUUGCUGAGUUGGAUGACCUCUUUGAAUUUAAUGGUGAACUUAAGGCACAGAACAAGAAUUGGCUAGUUGUGUAUACUGAUGAUGAGGAGGAUAUGAUGCUCGUUGGAGAUGAUCCCUGGGAAGAAUUUUGUGGAAUGGUUCAUAAGAUCUUAAUACUCACAAAAGAGGAGGUGCAGCGUAUGAAUCCAGGGACCUUCAAUUUAAAAGGGGAAGAGAUCUCGUCAGUUGCAGAGGGCACGGAUGCUAAAGAGAUGAAGAAUCUACCAACUGCAUCAUCUGGUCCAGAUGAUUGCUAGUUUUCCACCUUUCUAAUGGUCGAGGAAAGACUAUAACCCGUCUAGCUGUUAAAGGAGAUCGUAUACACGCCAAACCAUCAAAUUGAAUUUUGGAGAUGACAUUGGAAGAGAGAUGCGGACGUGAAUGUAGUUUUCUAAAGUUUGCAAUUUUGGACUCCCAUCAUUGGGGGUGCCAAUCUAUGUCUGUUUUAUACAUAAUGUAUUUAACACAUCAUGAGAGCGUAUGGUACCAGCAACUGCAACCAACCAUCCCCACCUAUGUAAAUAGCGAUUUAAUUUCCUCAGCAACCAUCCAUGUAAUUAAGAGGUCGAUACAGCUUGGUGUGUCUGCACACUAAAUCAAAUUAUUGAAAGUAGUGUAUUGUUGCUUCGUUAA